GACCUUUCGUUCUUCGAGGAGCUUUACACCGGGAUGGAAUCGUCCUUCCUGAUCCGACCCACAACGGGAGCCCAUCAUGGGACUUACGCCUGUGAGAUCUUGGAAGUAGACGACGUGCUGGUCAGAAAGUACAUUUUUCUCAACGUGACAGUGAAGCGGCUGGGGAAGGAAAAGGAACUGCAGGCCAUGUUCCACGACAUCCUGAACCCCCCGCCGGGGGUGGCUGCAGCCGAAGAGGUGGAGCAAAGCUCUUUCCUGGAAGACCUGCUGCGGGAGCCCGACUCCCUGCUCAAGGCCAGAGUCCUCCUCAUCAUCCUGGGGCUGGUCAUGAGCUCCAUGCUGGUGACCCUCCUGCUCAUGGGAGUUUAUUAUUGGGCUACAGACGUAGAGAGAUCCUGAAUCAGGAAGAAGUGCGCAGAGAUAUUCCAGCCGUUCCCUCUCCUUGAUCGUUCUGCAGUUCCUAGCAAAGACCGUAC